UGAGAGACGAAACGAGAUGAUAGUCGGUUGACUGUUUUUUGUGUACGCGUAUUGAUUAUCGCGGAAUCCGAAAGAAAUUAAUUUACGGAGACUUUAGUUAAACAAUAGUGGAAUUUGUGUUUGUGUUAUCAGCUACAACACCCAUUAGCUCUUUGCUGGAAUUGGAUUGUGAAAAAGACCAUUAGGCUCUACGAGGAAUCAACACAAUGGCUUUCGCGGGUCUUAAGAAGCAAAUUAACAAAGCAAAUCAAUAUGUCACGGAGAAAAUGGGAGGUGCCGAAGGCACGAAAUUGGAUUUGGACUUCGUGGAAAUGGAAAGAAAAACAGACGUAACAUGCGAACUCGUGGAAGAACUACAAAUCAAAACAAAAGAGUUUCUCCAGCCAAAUCCGACAGCGCGAGCAAAGAUGGCCGCCGUGAAGGGAAUCAGCAAACUGAGCGGGCAGGCGAAGAGCAAUACCUACCCUCAGCCAGAGGGCGUGCUGGGCGACUGUAUGCUGCACUACGGGAAGAAACUUGGAGAGGACACUGUGUUCUCCCAAUGUCUCAUCGAAAUGGGUGAGGCCAUGAAAAAUAUGGCGGACAUUAAGUAUUCCCUCGACGACAACAUCAAACAAAGCUUCCUCGAACCACUGCACCACCUGCAAACCAAAGACCUCAAAGAAGUUAUGCACCACCGAAAGAAACUACAGGGCCGUAGAUUGGACUUCGACUGCAAACGACGUCGCCAAGCAAAAGGCCAUGGUAAGGCGAGCCCUUACAUGAGCCCCAGUCACGGCAAUUCUCCAAGACAGGAUGAUGAGAUACGGCAGGCUGAAGAUAAGUUCGCCGAGUCCCUGACGCUCGCGCAGAUUGGCAUGUUCAACCUUCUUGACAAUGACGUGGAGCAAGUCGCGCAGCUCUCAUUCUUCGCGGAAGGGCUACUGGAAUACCACCAGCAAUGUACGGAGAUCCUUCAAGGCCUUGUGUCGACGCUCAUGGAGAAGAAAGAGGAGGCCGUGAACCGUCCCAAGCUGGAGUUCGUGCCCAAGACCCUCGCCGACCUCCACAUCGAGGGUAUCCACGACCUGAACAAUGGUAGGCGGUACGGUUCCACCCAAAGCCUGUCCCGACCCCGCCAGCAUAUCCCUCCCUCUGCCUCCGUCGGUGACAUCAGCACCAGCGACCCUUUCAAAGCCUGGGAGAUGCCCACCCCACCCAAGCCCCGCCCUAACCCUACGGCGUAUCAGUUCAAACCCCACCCGGCGCCAAGAAAUCAGUUUAACGGCAGAGACCCAUGGAAAGCGUCGCCGCUGCCGUCGCCGGUGAAGUCGCCCGCGCGGACGCCGGUGGCGCCCGCCAAGGGCCCGUGCUGCACCGCGCUCUACGACUUCGAGCCUGAGAACCAGGGCGAGCUUGGAUUCAAGGAAAACGAUGUGAUCACACUGAUCAACAAAGUGGACGACAACUGGUUCGAGGGCUCCGUCAACGGCAAGACCGGCUACUUCCCCAUCAGCUACGUUCAGGUCACCGUGCCUCUGCCCAACAUGUAAACCCAAUUCUGGCCGUACCAUCUUACUGAGCUGAUCGCUCACUCGAAAACUCAGAACAACAACUAUGACUGAAAUCUGUAUCAAUAGACAAACGCCUCGGACACGAAACGCAGCAGACCUGAUGCCGACUUCCAUACAUUGGUCAAAACAUUGUAUUGCGGUCGGCGUCAGCGUUGAGCGUGCGUUCCGUGGCCGUCGGGUAUUGACACACCAAAUUGAGCUAUGUUUAGUACUGUACUAGAUGGUGCUGCACAGAGCCUAUAUAUUGGGAAUUGAAUAGGAACUGUACGCGUUUGUGAGUUUGCCAUCUUGUGGCUUAAAAUAGGGGUUAAUUACUGUAAAGUGCAGCGGCGAUACAGUUACAUAUUAUAAAUCCUGCUCUUAUCUCGAUGAUCAAUGUGUAAGCCCGUAAGCAGGAGACUCCUGUACUACUUUGAGUAUUUACAGUUCACGCAUCCUCCCUAGCUUAAUGAUCUUCCGCAAAUUUCACAGAACCGUACAGCGCUAUCUUGUUCAGUGGUAAAAAAUCUACUCCCAUUCCUGCAUUUAUGUUUUUUUUUUGUUUUUGGUUAGGUACAAGCAUGCAUAGAUAAGAUUGCGCAUUUAUAGUGAUUUUUCUGAACUUUCGACUUGUGUGGGCUCGGUAAGAGUUGUAAUAACACCCGCUCGCAACGCCGGCAACUUCGUGUCGGGGAUAUUUUGUCAAUCACCUAGCCUAAUGUGUGUAUGUUAAAUGGUGUUUUGAAGCCAAUAUUGUAAACAAGCAGCUAACUUGUUAUUUACUCUAUAAUUGUCACACGCAACUGAAGAAGUGCUAAUUGAACAAACCAUGAUUCAGGCAUUAUGACAGCUUAAAUUUUCGAAUAUUUAAUACAAGGCCGGCAACGCACUUACAACCCCUCUGGUGUUGCGGGUGUCCAUGGGCGGCGGUAAUCGCUUACCAUCAGGUGAUCCGUCUGCUCGUUUGCCUCCUAUUUCAUAAAAAAAAAAAACAGUAGAACGAAGUUUUUCUAAAUUUGUUAUACAUUUGUUUACGUUGUUGACAAACACCAUUUGAGAGUUCGUGUAAGACUAUGACUGGUCCUCUUGGCCCCACUGCGGCAAUAUGAUUGUAUGAAUAUAAUAUUGUAUAAAUAACAAAAAAAAUACAUUCAAGUUUACAUGUACUGUAAUCGUGUAAAGGGGGUCCAUAGGUAUACCGUUCAUAAAUAAAGUCAGAUCCAAUGCCCACAACCAGUGAACAAACGCAAUCACGGCGUCCUUCAUAAGGCACAAAAUCAUGUAACAGGUGUCUUUGCGGCUAGUAUACGAAUGUAAAUUAAUCUACUGAAAUAAAAUCGCUGCAAGACAGGAGUAAAUUUAUCUCAUCUUAUGUUCGAUAAUUUGUACCAUACAAUACAAAUAUGUAUCCCUUAAUGCCGCAUUUGAACCUAAAUUAGAGUUAGACCGAGGUAAGUAUGCAACGAUUUUGAUAGCACACGCGGUGAAAGUGUUAUUUAUACGUCAUAAUUUCAUAGAAGUAUGCCGUUUUGAAAUAACACUUGCACUGCGUGUGCUAUCAAAAUCGUUGCAAACUUGGUCUAACUCUAACACCAAAUGACAAGACAGGCAAAAUGUCUUCGACGGCAACGUAGUCAAAGGCUGCCACGAUUUCAAAUCGUUAUAAAAAUUGUUAUAUUCACCACGCAGUAUUAAGUAGAUGCCUUCUUGAUUUCGUCUGAACUAUGUCAAAAGCUCAAUGUUAUUAGUAAUGAAGUUUCCUCCUAAAUAAUACAUACUCAUUAUUUUAUCUGUGGUUACCUUGUUUUUUACGAACGUAUAUAUUUUGGUCACGUCUUCCAAGGUUUUUUUUACCUUCCUGAUUUAGCAGUGUAGCUAUUUUAUUGGACAUUCCACAAUGUGUUUGCCUGUAUGAAAAUGACAUGUAUUUUUUUACGAAACGAGAGAUUUACCGUUCUGAUUUUACUACAUGAAAUUAUGAAAAUAAAUUGUAGGUACAAACUAGGCUCCGUUUAAAGUUUAAACAUUUAAAUUAUGUUUGGGCUGAAUGAUUAUAUUAUGUUUACGUUGCCAUUUACUUAUUUUUUACAUUUUGAUGUAUUGAAUGUGUCAGUUAAGUAUGUUUUAAGUAUGCGACUGCAUUAUGUUAAUAUUGUAUUAAAGCAUAUGGCCGUGUUUUGGCAAACUAGCAACCAAUGGUAAUUAAAUAGCAUUAGAACGUGUGUUAAGACAGAUACCUUCCAACUUAUAGCUAGGAAGUCAAGGAAGUGUGUUACAAUAAUUAGAAUUAAGCCUAGGAUGGUCGGAUGAAGGAGUUUUGAAUAUGCAAAUCCCACCCCUGAAGCUAGGUACCUGUAGACAUUGGUUAUUGAGCACGAGACUUGAGAAUCCUAGGCUUACGAUAAUUGUCUAGAGAGUAGUAACGAAGCACCAAAAUAAAGCCACGCGGUGCGAAGAGUUAGGACACGUUCGUAUUAAGCUCAUAAGUUUGCGACUCAAUAUGAGCCUUAGCGUCCAAUACUAUUUACAGUACAGAUUUGGAUAUAGUAUGAAUUUUAUGAGAUGAUUUUUUCGGCUCGGGCCCUAAUCUGUUAAACAAAAGCCUGUUUCUUUUAUGGAGACGCGUCUUAGGCGAGUGCCAAAGCAACUAUGUCGUUAAAAAGUAUUAAGGUUCAAAUGUAUGUAACAGAUCAUUUUGAGAUACCGAGUUUAGGUAAUGUAGAACGAUCGGUCGCUUGUGUAUAUGGCCUGUCAGGUAACAGAAUGAGCUGUUACAAAUUUUUGAACCAUAUAAAUAAGGCGUUGCUUUUUAAACGAGUUUGUUCCCGUUUAUUCAGUAGCGGUAGCUACCACCGAUGCAUAAAAGAAACAAAGGCUUUUGCUUAACAGAUUAGGCCCUAGCCGAAAGAAUCGUUUGAUAAUUUUCAUACUACACCACCAGGUGUACUAACUCGGCCGACUAUGAGCCCAAUGUAAGAUAACGAUAAUGCCCAUAGCUACGCAAACUAGGUGGAGACGAGCAGCGGCUCGAUACCUUCGGCAGUAUCAAUUUUGAGAAGUGAUAUUUUCAAGUAAUGUUUGUAAAUUAGUUAUUGUGAAUCUAUUUUUGUAGAUGCGCUCUCACAUUUGUAUAGUAUUUCCUCUCAACGUAUGGUUAGCUGGACCCGUUAUCACAUUAUUUCAAAACAGUGACAGCACAGGACAUGUAUUAGGAUUAUCGUGUAAUACUAGUUAACAAUACGAGAUUAGAUUUUAUAGUUAUAUCUUUGCGGGUAAUUAUUUAUCUAAAUGGAGAAUGUAUACAAUGUAUGUAAUACUUAAUUAUGAGGAUGGAGAUGUAAGAGUUGUUGCAAUCUUGCCAGGAGUUUGUGGCGUUUCGAUGUUUGAUGUUUUAUGGCGAAGUGUAAUAUAAUAUAAACAUAUUAUAAUGUCAUUGUGAUAACGUUAGAUAUCGUGCUGUUGGUGCAGUGUCCUAAACCGUAUAAUUAUUACUUAAAUCAAUUUUACAAUUCGCUCAUACUUUUAUAUAUAUUUUUUUGCAUAAUAUUUUUUCUUUUUUAAUUGUAAACUAAAAAAACAUUAUUCAAUUAGGAAUUUUACUUCAUGGCCUCUAUUAAAAUAGUAUUGUUAAAUGUACUUGUAAUAAUAGCACUUAUUGAAUAAGAUCUUAAAUCGUCAUAUUUCACUUUGUCCAAAUAUUGAUGUUGCAGUAAUCUCAUUCGAUUCAUUUUCAUAGUAAUCAUAAUAAAGUGAAUGGACCCCAUUGAAUCACAUUUCUGGCAUACAAAAGACAAUACCUAGAUCUAAUGUUAGUUACACGUAAGUUCAUGAUAAUUGUUCUAUCUUCAAGUCUCCUUAAUGUAAGUAUUUUGAAAGAAGAAUACAUUCAUUAAUCGUAUGAG